CACUGAUUUCUUGAACUUAUAGUAACUUAGAAUCAUCCCAUUGAAAAACCUGCCAGUCAGUCAUCCAGUGCCCCAGCCAGUGACCAUCAAUCCAUAUAUAAUACUUGGUGCUUAACCAGAACAUUUAACAUAGCUGCUUCAUACCAGCAAAGUGAAGACAAAGUUACAAUAACCUAAGGAAGAAGAUUUGAGGUUGUACAAAAGCAUCAUUGACGACAGGGAAGAGUUCACACAAUGGCAGGGAUUCUCAAACCAGACACAGUCAGUGACACUGAAGACAGGAAAGCACUCAAAGCUGAGGUUGAACAGAGGAAGGAGGAUGUAAGAGAUUUUGUCACCUUGUUCCCUGGCUGGAGAGUGUGGAUGAUCAGCUACAUCAGAGACCUACAAAAGAUCGCAGACGACAUUUACUCGAUUCACAAGCCUGUCACGAGUGUGGGAGUUGGCCAGAGUGUGGCUGGUGGGGCUGCCAACACUGCAGCUUGUGACAUGGACAUUGUUACCCAAACACAGAGACAGAAAAGGGUUAAUGAUAUCAUGGAGCAAUAUACAAAGGACAGUAGAAAAAUGGCAGAGUGUUACACAAAACUCUUACGAGCAGUUCAGUUCUUGAAGCAUUGUGAGAAAUCAGAAACUGCAUUUCCUGGUGGAGCUGAGAGUCUCACUGAACCCUUGGCUGGAUUUGUUGCUGUGGAUGAAACAAUAACCAAACAGGAAACAGUGACAUCCAAAGCCGGGUCAGCAGCUCAGACAAGGCUGCCUUUCAUGUCAUCUCUGAUCCCCAGAGCAAACGAUGGUCAUAAUCUCAACUGUGGAGCCAGGGCAGAUAUUGCGAAACACAUUGAGGAUGUGGCUAAAGUGCUGGAGGAUGAAGUGACGGCGUAUGAAGAGGUUUAUAAACAUCUGGAAGACACAGUCAGCAACACCGAAAUCUGGAAAGCCUUCCUCACUGAGCUGGCAAAGAGGACUGAUGAUGUGCAGAGCUUUAAAUCACAGCUCUCUGUGUGGAGACAACAGGUGGCAGGACACCUGAGAACACUGCGAGAGGCUGCGGACCACAUCGACAGCCAUCACAGAUCAGACACAGUUCUGACCAUUGUGGGCUCCAUACUGUGUAUUGUCGGAAUGAUACUGUUUGAUGUGGGAAUAGUCACUGUCAUAGAAUUAGGGAACGAAAUUAUGAAAAGGUUGGUGUUCACAUUCAGCCUCAGCCUUCUGGGAGUUCUGGUGCUUGAAGUCAGGGGUAAUCGUAUCUCUGUAGCUCGUGGCAAUAUCAUUGCUACACAAGCAGAGAAAGUGAUAAGAGUGAAUGAAAUAAUAGAACAAUAUAAAACAGAGAGCAGAGCCAUGGCGGAUUGCUACAAUAAACUAAACACUAGAAUCCAAUUGUUCAUGAAAUCAGGAAGAGACACAUUUACUGGGAAAGCUGAGAUGUUCUCCAGUAGCUUAGGUAGUUUUCGCCCCAUUAUCAACAUGGAGGCCACCCGCAGGGUAAACCCAGUGAAGGCUGUUUUACAGCGUCUCAUAGCAAUCUUUGUUGUGUAUGAGGUCUACUUUGCAAUAAAGAACAUCAUUUACUUUCUCAGUGGAGCCAAGUCAAAAAUUGCUGAACAGAUACGAAAAGUGGCUGAUAUGAUGGAGGUUGAGGGACGAUCAUGUGGAGAGUUUUAUCAACUGCAAAAAAAUAUUUAGUUUUUCUUUAGACAAAGUACAAACAAGGGAAGAAUUGGAUUAAUUACCUGCCUCCAACCAAAAAACAUGCUUUUAUCCCCAAUCUGUGCUUCAUAGCCUUCAACUGUUGUGAUUAGAAAUGAAUUUGUGUUUAAAUUAUUGUUUCAGUGCAGGUAAAUAUGCUUAUGCUUGUUAGCUAGUGACUGACUGAUCUGUGGAACGACAAUCAAACUUCAUCAAACGAAGUUGCAGAAUCUCUCUAAGUGUGACAGAUGUUAUGGAGUAGCUGGUGUCACUACAGAUAAGAUGUUAGAAUAUGUCAGUGAUCUGUGCCUUGAAACAUGAAGAGUUAAAUUGGCUGAGAGAGAAGAAGUGAAUGUGUUUCUGUAGUAACAGCACAAUAUUGACUACCAUACCCUGCCUGCUGUAACCUGCUUAUUGAAUCAAUGUGAAGUUAUAUGUAUUUCUGCCUUAGUAAUUAAAAUAAUUCUUAAACAUAAA